AUGCAUCCACGUUCGCUGUGGCUGUCGGGCGAUAUUUGCCUGCGAUGCCAAUGGCGUCUUGCCGUCCAAAGCCACAGAAGUGCGCGGUUGCAGACGUCUCGUAACCUCCGUUCGGCUGUAAAACUUUCGCGGCCGCUGCCCGGGCGCGCCUUCCACGCCUCCGCCCUGCGCGCACAGUCUCUCGUCACGCCCACGCCCGUCGAUCCUGCCGUAGACCCCUUGUUCAUUGCACGGCCGCCACAAUUAGCCGUUCGCAGCCAUCUCGAGCAGUGGCAGGCGCAGCACGGCGGUCCCAGCGAAGAGACGCUGUCUGCGUUCGAAAAGCACCCGGCCAACGGCGAGAUCUACAACAACGUGUCCAGGGUCUCGAGUGCGUCGGCGGCCGACGACCAGACUGAGGGCGACCGGUGGUUUGCCGGCGAAGAGGACGAUGGCGAGGACCUGAUCACCAUCGGUCUAUUCCUGAAGCCUGGAGACGUGGUAGAGCUGUCGCAGUCCGGCCGCGAACCCAUCCUCGCCGUCUUCGUCCAGCAGCUCGACACGGACAGCCAGUUCUACACCAUCAACGGGAAAUGGGCCCACUCGAAUCUCGCCCAGAUCUCCUUUGCCAUCCCAGGCUGCAUCAGCCCUGCGCUGCUGCGACCUCUCGUGCCCUUUUUGCCCACAGACCCCGACAAGGCCAACCCCAAGGGCGAGGUCCACGUACCUGCCGACGUCGCCGCUCCCGUGCAGCGGCUUCUUGACAGCCUCGCGGAAGAAUCUGAAGCCGUCUACCGCAAGAAUGCCCCCGUCCUGGACACUGCCUACGCUGUGCUGGCCGACAGCAGCCGCACUCGUAUGAUGACGCUUGCCCAGAUUGCCAAAACCUUGCUGGCUCGAGGCGACGCUGCGUGGACUCCGUCUUCGUCAGACCUCCUGGCAGUGCGGAAAGCCCUGAACCACAAUGCCUUCCGCUUCCGUUCUGACCAACGCAGUCACCGUCUGACCAAUGUCUUCGCCAUCCGUCCCAAGAACGAUGUCCAGGUCGUUGAGACGGUCCAUGAAUGGAUCCGGGAAUAUUUCGAGUACCUGGCAAAGACUGCAACCGAGUCAAAUACCGCCACUGUGACGCGUACCAAAGGGGCGAAGAAUGUUCUGCAAUUUCUCCAAAAGGCCCGCAGACUGAUUGCAAAGAGCAGAAAGAACCGCGAUCCCGCCUCGGGCGGACUUGGGCCAAGCAAAAACCGAAAUCCACACGCGUCCGAUUCCCCCAGACUGCAAGCCGUAACCGACGAAGCCUUCUCCAAAACCGACAGCGAGAUCAUUACCUUCUUGCAAGCCUGGGUAUUGAACAACCAAUUUCAGAACAUGGGCGGUCUGCACUCUGCCUGUGCGGAUCUCGUAGCUGCUACCGGCUGCUACAAGCCAGGAGUCAUACAGCACCCUGCUGAACAUGAAUCACAAGCAGACCUGAUCCGCCGUGCGACGGGACUAGUGUUCUUGCAGGAAAUUGGAGUGAUUACGCCCUACGAGAACCGCACAAUCUACGACGAACAACUCAUGCUCCCAACCGUUCGACUCUCGCGGAACUUGGAGCUACUGAACAGCAAAGCAAAAUUACUUCAAGUCACGCCCGACUUCCGCGACUCCAUGGCUGGCGUUCGCCGCGACUGGGGAUCCACAAACGUCUAUUGCAUAGAUGAUGUUGGGGCCCAAGAGAUUGACGAUGGCAUCUCGAUAGAAAAAGUCAAAGGUGCCGACUCGGAAUUUUGGGUCCAUGUUCAUGUAGCGAAUCCGACCGCCUUCUUCGGCAAGACACAUACGCUCUCCAGUCUAGCCGCACACAUGACCCAGACUGUGUAUACACCAGAGCGAACUUUUCCAAUGUUACCUAAAUGGGCCACCGACGGUUACUUUAGUCUUCAGCGUAACCGACCGGUGAUCACGUUUAGUUCCCGAGUCGACCGUCGAGGAGAUGUCCUUGAAACGAACAUCUCGCAUGGUACAAUCCGCAAUCCAGUCUCAAUCACUCCGUCAGAACUGGCAUCGAACUUGGGAGAAACUCCCAAAGGCGAGAGACGAAGGCUUGUAGUUGGUGCCAACGUAGCGACCAGCAGCGAGUCUCGCAUUCCUCCAACAAUCAAUCCUAGCCAGCUUCAGGAGUUGCGAGACCUUUACGCAGUAGCAAAGCUACUCUCGAGGAAGCGACAGGAACGUGGUGGCAUUUCCAUGUUCAACAGCUCACCAAGCGUACGUGUUUUCGAAAGCGCAGAACAGCCAGGCCUUACCUGGAAUGCCCCUUCUACCGACGCAUCACGUUUCAUUCAUGGCGAUCCCAUUAUUGAGAUUACCAAAGCUGCUCCGAAAGGAUUCUUGCGCUUCGACAUGAACGCUACCAAUAUUGUAGAAGAGAUCAUGAUGUUGGGCUGCUCUACAGCUGCGUCCUGGUGUGGCGAAAGAGGAAUACCUGUCAUGUUUAGAGGAUCCAUCGCUCCACCCAACGUCAACAGAGCACCCUCUGAGGAGCUCAAGCAGAACAUCAUGUCGAACUAUUUGGAGAAGCACCAGAACCCGCCACUUCGACUGACAAUGCAAUACAUGGAGUCGCUUGGUAGGGCCAUUGCUCAUACGUCCCCGCUACCACAUAGGGUGAUAGGAGUUUCCGGCUAUGUCAGAGUGACGAGUCCGCUUCGGCGCUUUAGUGAUAUGAUCGCCCACUGGCAGAUUGAAGCUGCCGUACGGUACGAGGCGAAAACCGGCAAGAAGUACAACGCUGCCGAGUUGGGCUCUCAGCAUGGUAUCUUGCCCUUUACCCAGCGUCAGAUCCAAGAAUCGAUCGUUACCCUCUCGCCCCGAGAGAAGCUGAUCGCGACAACCCAAAGGAAUGCAGUCAACCACUGGGUGUCCCAGGCUUUCCUUCGCGCUCUGCAUUACAACGAAGCUGAACUGCCUACUACAUUUAGAUGCUGGAUCCGGUUCGUUGACUUGGGAGCAAACCUGCGUGGUUUGAAGCCCAUGGCUGUUGGCCUCAUGCCCGAAUAUGGCUUGAGAGUGGCCAUACGGGACACAGAGGACGCUCAAUUGGGUGAUGAGUGGGAAGUCGCUCUCGACAGCGUGGACUUGUUCAAUGCUCGUAUCUAUGUUAAGCCUGUGCGACUGUUGAACAGAGAAGCUAACAGUCUCGAGUAA